UGACUGGACAGAUAAUGUUCUGACUGCUGUUUCUAAACAUCCACACUUCCACACAUGUAUUUAAAGAACCAGAACCAGAACCAGAACCCUUCUACAUGUCGUCUGUGCUCUGUGAUAAAACAACACACACUUGGAUUUCACCAAAACAUCAACCAGGAAACAGGUCAGAGGCGGAGCCACAUUCCACAGAACAAAGAUCAUUUCCCAGAAAUCAAAGUUAAAGUUGUUCUCAGUGUGAGCAGAGCUGCAGACGUGUCUGUGGAACCAUCGAACAAACCUUAAACCCACUUCAUCAGAUCUGUUUCCAGUCUCAGCAGAGUCUCUACAAACAGAGAUAUGGCUGCUGCCGGUCGUGUCCGAUCUGAAGAUCAGUUCCUGUGUUCCAUCUGUCUGGAUGUCUUCACUGAUCCAGUCACAAUACCAUGUGGACACAACUUCUGCAAAUCCUGCAUCUCUGAACACUGGAGGGUUAAUGUCCCAUAUCAGUGUCCCAUGUGUAAAGAGGUUUUCAACUUGAAACCUCAGCUGAAGAUCAACACAAUCAUUAAAGAGAUGGUGGCUCAGUUCAGACAUGAAGCUCAACAUGAACCAAACAUCUCCAGCUCAGACCAACAAGCUGCCAAACCAGGAGAAGUUCCCUGUGACGUCUGCACUGAACCCAAACUGAAGGCCCUGAAGUCCUGCCUGGUGUGUCUGACCUCCUACUGUCGGACUCAUGUGGACCCUCAUCUGACUGUUCCAGCACUGAAAAGACAUCAGCUGAUCCACCCUGUGGAGAACCUGGAAGACAGGAUGUGUAGGAAACACGACAAACCUCUGGAGGUGUUCUGUAAAACCGACCACACAUGUAUCUGUCACCACUGCGCCUACUCAGACCACAAAGGUCAUGAUGUUACUCCUCUGAAAGAUGAACAUGAAGAACAGAAGCCAAAGCUGAAGAAGACAGAGGCUGAAAUUAAGCAGAUGAUCCAGGAGAGACGACUGAAGAUCCAGGAGAUCCAGCGGUCAGUGGAGCUCAGUAAGAACGCUGCAGACAGAGAGACAGCAGAAGGUGUUGAGGUCUACACUGCUCUGAUGAAGUCUGUUCAGAGAGGUCUGGACCAGCUCUUAGAGAAGAUCCAAGAAAAGCAGAGGAGCACCGAGAAACAGGCUGAAGACUUCAUCAAAGAGCUGGAACAGGAAAUCUGUGAGCUGGAGAAGAGAAGCACUGAGGUGAAGCAGCUCUCAGGCUCUGAAGACCACCUCCACUUUGUCCAGAGGUUCACAUGUGUAAAAGCUGCUCCAUCCAUGAAGACCUGGACAAAGGUCAGCGUCCGUCCACCAUCAUAUGAGGGGACUGUGGAGAGAGCUGUGUCUGAGCUGGAGAAAAAACUCAGAGAAGACAUGAAGAAGAAGAAGAUGAAGAAGAAGGUGGUUAAAGCUGAGCUGAAGAGAGUCCAACAGUAUGAGGUGGAUCUGACUCUGGAUCCAGAUACAGCACAUUCUGAUCUCAUCCUGUCUGAUGAUGGAAAACAUGUUCAUCAUGGUGAUAAAAAGAAGAACCUUCCAGACAAACCACAGAGAUUCUCUCAUUGUCCUUCCAUCUUAGCGAAGCAGAGUUUCUCUUCAGGCAGGUUUUACUUUGAGGUUCAGGUCAAAGGAAAGACUAAAUGGGAUUUAGGAGUGGUCAGAGAGUCUGUCAACAGGAAAGGACAGAUCACCUGUAGUCCUCUGUACGGAUACUGGACCAUCAGGUUGAGAAAUGGAAAUGAGUACGAAGCUCUUGCUGAUCCUCGUGUCCGUCUGUCUGUGCAGCCUGGUCUUCAGAAGGUGGGGGUGUUUGUGGAUUAUGAGGAGGGUCUGGUCUCCUUUUAUGACGUAGGUUCUUCAGUUCUCAUCUACUCCUUCAUUGGCUGCUGCUUCAAUGAUAAACUCCUCCCAUACUUCAGUCCAUGUCUGAAUGAUGGAGGUACAAACUCUGCUCCUCUGAUCAUCACUCCUGUCAGACACUGAGUAAGAAAUUCAUCAGAUGUACAGAUUUUCUCUGAUUUACUGGAGUCACUAAACUUAGUGAUGAUGUAAACUGUUUGAACGUGUAUGAAUCUGGAUCCAAAUGCACUUAACCCUUUAACCCCUGAGACAUUAUUUCAGUAAAACGGGCUGUGGGAAGCAUCAUAAAAGCAGUUGUGAGUACAUUCUUGUGUUCCUUUUCUUCAGGGGUUUUGUUUUACUGUGUGUUUUAGGGUCAAAACAGGGUGGAAUAACAGAAAAAGACAAAGAGAGGAAUUGAAGUUUGACAGGUUUUUACUAAAUAAGGCACUCAGAAUGUACAUCAAUAAGAGAUUUAGAAUGUUUAACAUGAAAUAUGACCUGGAACAUACUGAACAACAAGUAUUUGAAUUUUGGCUCAGCAGUUUUUGUUUUGGGCUUUUUUUUCUAAAUUAGUCCAGCUGCUUUUUGGUAUCUGGUUGAACAACAAA